CCUCCAGUUGAGGAGGAGAAGCCCAAGGAGAAGGUCGACAAGAAGAAGAAAGAAGUCGCCGAAGAGGUCAAGCCUCCAGUUGAGGAGGAGAAGCCCAAGGAGAAGGUCGACAAGAAGAAAAAAGAAGUCGCCGAAGAGGUUAAGCCUCCAGUUGAGGAGGAGAAGCCCAAGGAGAAGGUCGACAAGAAGAAAAAAGAAGUCGCCGAAGAGGUCAAGCCUCCAGCUGAAGAGGAGAAACCAAAAGAGAAGGUUGACAAGAAGAAGAAAGAAGUCGCCGAAGAGGUCAAGCCUCCAGCUGAAGAAGAGAAACCAAAAGAGAAGGUCGACAAGAAGAAGAAAGAAGUCGCCGAAGAGGUCAAGCCUCCAGCUGAGGAAGAGAAACCAAAAGAGAAGCUGAAGGAAGAGAAACCAAAAGAGAAGGUCGACAAGAAGAAGAAAGAAGUCGCCGAAGAGGUCAAGCCUCCAGCUGAGGAAGAGAAACCAAAAGAGAAGGUCGACAAGAAGAAGAAGGAAGUCGCCGAAGAGGUCAAGCCUCCAGCUGAGGAAGGAGAAACCAAAAGAGAAGCUGAGGAGGAGAAACCAAAAGAGAAGGUCGACAAGAAGAAGAAGGAAGUCGCCGAAGAGGUCAAGCCUCCAGCUGAGGAAGAGAAACCAAAAGAGAAGGUCGACAAGAAGAAGAAAGAAGUCGCCGAAGAGGUCAAGCCUCCAGCUGAGGAAGAGAAACCAAAAGAGAAGGUCGACAAGAAGAAGAAGGAAGUCGCCGAAGAGGUCAAGCCUCCAGCUGAGAGGAGAAACCAAAAGAGAAGGUCGACAAGAAGAAGAAAGAAGUCGCCGAAGAGGUCAAGCCUCCAGCUGAGGAAGGAGAAACCAAAAGAGAAGGUCGACAAGAAGAAGAAAGAAGUCGCCGAAGAGGUCAAGCCUCCAGCUGAGGAAGAGAAACCAAAAGAGAAGGUCGACAAGAAGAAGAAAGAAGUCGCCGAAGAGGUCAAGCCUCCAGCUGAGGAAGAGAAACCAAAAGAGAAGCUGAGGAAGAGAAACCAAAAGAGAAGGUUCGACAAGAAGAAGAAGGAAGUCGCCGAAGAGGUCAAGCCUCCAGCUGAGGAAGAGAAACCAAAAGAGAAGGUCGACAAGAAGAAGAAGGAAGUCGCCGAAGAGGUCAAGCCUCCAGCUGAGAAGAGAAACCAAAAGAGAAGGUCGACAAGAAGAAGAAGGAAGUCGCCGAAGAGGUCAAGCCUCCAGCUGAAGAAGAGAAACCAAAAGAGAAGGUCGACAAGAAGAAGAAAGAAGUCGCCGAAGAGGUUAAGCCUCCAGCUGAGGAAGAGAAACCAAAAGAGAAGGUCGACAAGAAGAAGAAAGAAGUCCGCCGAAGAGGUUAAGCCUCCAGCUGAGGAGGAGAAACCAAAAGAGAAGGUCGACAAGAAGAAGAAAGAAGUCGCCGAAGAGGUCAAGCCUCCAGCUGAGGAAGAGAAACCAAAAGAGAAGGUCGACAAGAAGAAGAAAGAAGUCGCCGAAGAGGUUAAGCCUCCAGCUGAGGAGGAGAAACCAAAAGAGAAGCUGAAGGAAGAGAAACCAAAAGAGAAGGUCGACAAGAAGAAGAAAGAAGUCGCCGAAGAGGUCAAGCCUCCAGCUGAAGAAGAGAAACCAAAAGAGAAGCGCAGAGCAGAAACCAAAAGCCCAAGAAGGUUCGACAAGAAGAAGAAGGAAGUCGCCGAAGAGGUUAAGCCACCAGCUGAGGAGGAGAAACCAAAAGAGAAGGUCGACAAGAAGAAGAAGGAAGUCGCCGAAGAGGUUAAGCCUCCAGCUGAGGAGGAGAAGCCAAAAGAGAAGGUCGACAAGAAGAAGAAAGAAGUCGCCGAAGAGGUCAAGCCUCCAGCUGAAGAGAGAAACCAAAAGAGAAGGUCGACAAGAAGAAGAAAGAAGUCGCCGAAGAGGUCAAGCCUCCAGCUGAAGAAGAGAAACCAAAAGAGAAGGUCGACAAGAAGAAGAAGGAAGUCGCCGAAGAGGUUAAGCCUCCAGCUGAGGAAGGAGAAACCAAAAGAGAGAAGGUCGACAAGAAGAAGAAAGAAGUCGCCGAAGAGGUCAAGCCUCCAGCUGAGGAAGAGAAACCAAAAGAGAAGGUCGACAAGAAGAAGAAAGGAAGUCGCCGAAGAGGUUAAGCCUCCAGCUGAAGAAGAGAAACCAAAAGAGAAGGUCGACAAGAAGAAGAAAGAAGUCGCCGAAGAGGUUAAGCCACCAGCUGAAGAAGAGAAACCAAAAGAGGAAGGUCCCCUCCAUCGCCAAGAUCUCCGAGCUCGAGCUCAGGCCGCGAUCCGGAAACCAAAAGAGAAGGUCGACAAGAAGAAGAAGGAAGUCGCCGAAGAGGUUAAGCCACCAGCUGAAGAAGAGAAACCAAAAGAGAAGGUUGACAAGAAGAAGAAGGAAGUCGCCGAAGAGGUCAAGCCACCAGCUGAGUAA